AUGGAAGGGAACAUCAUAGGUGGCAUUCCAAGCUGUGAUCUUGCCAAGGAUCAUAUGGCAGUUGUGGAGGAAAAGUUUAAGAGGUCUGACAAGGCUAAAUCUAGUUCUUAUCUUACCACUCUCACUUCAACCAAAUUUGAUGGAGCUGGAAGCAUAAUAAAGCAUCUCCUCAAACUUGGUAAUAUUACUGAUCAAUUCCUUGUUCAUGUGGCUCUCAAUUCCUUGUCUUCCGAUUAUGAGCAAGUGAAGAUCAACUACAAUACCCAAAAAGAGACUUGGAUUGUCAAUGAACUUAUUGCUAUUUGCUAUCAAGAGGAGGAGAGAUUGAAAAAGGGCAAACGUGAAGUUGUCAAUUUGGUUCAUGCUGUGAAAGGAAAGAAAGUAGCUACUGUCAAUAAGUUUGGAAAUCCCAAUUAG